AUGUCUAGAAAAAGAAUAGAAGCUCCUCCUUUAACGGAGCGAUCUUAGUAUCGUAGAAUAAGUUAAAAAAGUGUGGAUGAAUUAAAUCAAACUCUACAUGCUAGGAUUAACAGCAUGGUUGGACUUGAUGAAUAAUUAACUAGCAAAAUUAGAUAGCUUCAAUCAGCCUCUCUUACACCUAAGGAUUUAUCAUCAAUUAGUUUGUCAUUAUAAGACAUGGUUAGCACUUUGUAAAAGGUUUCGUAUAAUGAGAUAAUGUACAACUAAUUAGUAAGAGAGAAUGAGAAGUUGAAAAACGACCAAUCUUAUUUGAAAGCUCAAUUGUUUAAAUUCAAUUCACUUAUACAAAAAAUGCAAAAAGAACAUUCAGUACUCUUAGAGAAGAUUAGACAGCAGGAGAUGGACAUUAAUAAUUUGAAUAAAAAGCUUAUAGCUGAGUAAAAAAUAAAUGAAGAAACUUGUAAAAUCUAUAUUGAAAUAUUUAGCAAAGAAAUUAAGGAGAUCAGAAUAAAGAAGUCAAAUAUAACUUUACAAAAAGAUCAAUUGAAAAAUAACUUAAUUGAAGCAUUGUCAGAAAAUGAACACAUAAAAAAGGAUGCAAUCCAAAAAUAGAAGGAUUAUUAAAAACUUUAAAUGGCAAAUAAUGCAUUAAAUCAAAAAUUACAAAGAUUGAAUAAUCGAUUUUACAUAAGCGGAAAGGCAUAAAAUGAAGAAGAGUUCAUAGAUUAAGAGAAGAUGGUUAUAACAUUCACAGAAAUUCCAAAGAACUUUGUAUUUCGUCAUGUAUUUUAAAAUCAGGAAUGCAAGUGUAAUGAAUUAAAAAUAACAAUAGAGUUUAUUUAAUCAGCAUUGGAAUUUUCAACUGAAGAUUUCAUUCUGCAUAUCAAUUCAUUGAAUUAAGAGAGUAAAAAAAUGUAAUUAACAUGGUUAUUUAAUCACAUGGUGAAUUAUAGAGAAUUUAGUUUAGCACACAAUCAUUUUAUCACAAAAUUAGGCUAAUUAGUUUAAUUGACUAACUUUGAUGAAAUGUAUAGUUUUAUAACAACACUCUCCAGCUUCUUUAAAGUUUCUCAUAUGUAUCUAUGGCUAAGAGACUUUUAGACUGGAUUCUUCAUUAAUAUGUGCGAUGGAAAAUAGAGAAAAAUCAUGUGCACUAAAGGAGCAUUUAGAGAUAGUCUUGAAUCCAGAGAAUCAGUCAAUAAAUUAACAGCUCAUAAACAUAUGAUGUAUUAAAGCGAUAAAGGAGAAGAUGUGUUCUAAGAUAAUACUUACAUCUUUCCUGUUAUUACUGAUUAAGCAUUGCCUGCUGGUGUAAUAGAGUUUAGUCAUCCUACUCAUAGCAAUAAUUACAGUGACAUCUAAUAUUUUGCAUCCAUCCUUGGUUUAUUUGUUAAAUUGACAAUCCAAAAAAUAGACGAAGAAAUUCAUUAAAAAUUCUUAUUAAAAUAAAUAGAUAUAUUGCAAACUGAGUUUUUGAAGUUAAUGAAGGCAAAUGAUAAAUUUAACUUUUGUGAAUUGGUGAAAGUUAUGCAGAAUAAGAUCUUGUAAUUAUCAACAAGUGAAAUAGUCUUUGUUGAAGAUAAUAGUUUAUGGAAAUACUACAACCAAAAUAUCAAAAAGUUAGAAAACAUUGCUGGAGUAUGUGGAUAGGUGGCUAUCAGUUAAUCACCAGCUUAUUUUGCAAAUAUCUCAAAAGAACUCAAUUAUAAUGAAAUAAUUGAUAUGUAUUCAAUUGCACCUAUUUUCAUUUAUCCUAUAGUCCACAAAAACAAAACUCAUGCUAUAAUUUAGUUAUCCUUGACAAAUAAAUAAAUUGAUAAAUAUAGAUUCAAAGACCCCUUGAUAAGUCUAACUUAGAUAUCUAAUUAAGCUAGAUUAUUUUGUGACUAUGUUACAACUGCAUACAUAAACAGAUUUUUAUGA